AUGGCGCCGUCCCCCCGCGCGUCCACGUCCGCGUUCGACGCGCACGCGCCCGAAGAUGGAUACCGCCUUCAAGGCGACGAGAAGCUCGCGUUCGUGACGGACAUGUUCGACCGCGUCGCGCCGACGUACGACCUCCUGAACUGGUUCAUCUCCCUAGGGCAAACGACGCUGUGGCGACUAAUGGCGCUGUCGUUCCUUCGCCCGUACCUGCGAGCGCGCGCGAAGGUCCUCGACGUCGGAUGCGGCACCGGGUGGGUGUCGUGGUACUUCGCGUGGCGGUAUAAAGACAUGAAGCUCGACGUCGAGGGCGUGGACUGCUCGCCGGUGAUGUUAGACAGAGCGCGCGUCGUCGUCCCAGGCGGCAGGUUCACGCGCGGCGACGUCUGCGCGUUGACGCACGACGACGACGCGUUCGACGUCGUGACGACCGUGUACACGCUGCGUAACUUCCCGAACCUGGAGAGAGGGUUGCGCGAGAUGUACCGCGUCUGCGCGCCGGGCGGGGUGGUGAUCAUAUUGGACGCGUUUCCCGCGAAGAAUUUCGCGAUGCGAUGCGUUUUGUACGCGUGGCUAGAGCUGGUCAUGCCGCUCGUCGCGAUGCUCUUCACGCGCGACGCCAAGGCGUACAGGUACCUCAGCGCGAGCAUACGCGCGACGGCCGCGGUGGAGGAGGUCACGGAGAUGUUGUACGAGUGCGGGGCGGUCAGGGUGGAGAUCGCGAAGUACACGUUCGGCGCCGCCGCGAGACUCGUCGCGCACAAAGCCGCGUGA